AUGUCUUUCAAGGCUAUUGUUACCUUUGUCCUCGCUGCCGGCUUCGUUGCCGCAAAGCCCAUCAGCCAGCAGUCUGGCCUCAGCCUCGACAGGCGCCAGAUUGAUGUCAGCUCCGUCAUCAACGGCUUCAACCGCAACGAUGGAGCCUUCAACUUCAUCGAUGGCUUCAACAACUUCAACAAGCAGCAAAAGGUCAUUCAGAUCCAGCAGCAGAAGAUCCAGGUCGUUGAAGACCGCUUCCGCCAGCAAAUUGUCCAGCAGAUUCAACAGGUUCUCAUCAUCGACCAGGUCAACAACGGAUUCAACAACGAUCUGAACAACCUCUUCCGCAAGAGCAACUUCCAGAACCAGUUCCGUGACCGCAGGACCGAUGUCAUCAUUGUUCAGGAGAUUGUCGUUGUCAUCGAUGAUGGCCGUGGCGGCCGUCGCGACCAGAGCUUCUUUGCUCAGAACGUCGUUGUUGCCAACCGCGGUGGCCGCGACAGGCAGAGCGUCAUGAUCUUCGACUCCCGCAAGCUCAUUGCCAGUGACAUUCUCCGCGACGACGCCUUUGGUAGGAUCGGACGUUUCAAUGGCAUUGCUGGUGCCACUGGUCCCAUCGACGGAGCCCUUCCCCUCAAGACCAAGGGCUUCCAGAUCUUCGAUGAGCGACCCCGCCACGCCAACAUUGUCGAGGACCCUGCUGCAAUUCUCGGCAGCAUCUGGCAGGGUGCAGUUGAGGACCUUCAGCGUAACAACGAGGAUGAGAACGAUAAUAAGCUUAAUGAGUUGCUUGCUGCCCAGGAGCUUGAGGAGCUCCUGAAGCAACAAGGUAACAACAACAACGACGAUGCGCAGCGCAAGGCUGAAGAGGAGCAGAAGAAGGCUGAGGAGGCUGCCAAGCAGGCUGAAGAGCAGAAGAAGCAGGACGAGGCUCAGAAGGCGGCUGAUGAGCAGAAGAAGCAGCAAGAGGAAGCUCAGAAGCAAGCCGAUGAGCAGAAGAAGGCUGAUGAGGCUGCCAAGCAGGCUGAGGAGCAGAAGAAGCAGGAUGAGGCUCAGAAGGCGGCCGACGAGGCCCAGAAGGCGGCUGAUGAGCAGAAGAAGCAGCAAGAGGAGGCUGCUAAGCAGGCUGAGGAGCAGAAGAAGGCUGAAGAGGCCAAGGCUUCCGCUUGA